AUGUCUGUGCCUCUGAGAAUCGAGAUCAUGCAGAGAGAAACCAUCAAACCAUCCUCUCCAACGCCCCUUCACUUAAGAAGUCUCAAGCUCUCUCUUCUGGACCAAUCCAUGCCAGUAGGUCACAUUCCCCUGCAGCUAUUUUACCCCAGGAAUGGAAACGACACAGAUCACCUUGCCAAAGCCACGGAAAGGUCACUGCUACUAAAGACCUCACUGUCUGAAGCCUUGACUCAUUUUUAUCCAUUCGCAGGCAGACUCAAAGACAAUUUGUCCAUUGAAUGUGAUGACCAUGGGGCUGAAUAUAUUGAGGCUCGAAUCCAUUGUAUUCUCUCUGAUAUUCUCAAAAAGCCUGAUACUAAAGUGCUAAAACAACUCCUUCCUGCAGCUAUAAGUGAACCAGCCACGGCCAGGGAUAGUCAAUUAAUUGUCCAAGCUAGUUUCUUUGAUUGUGGUGGCUUGGCAAUUGGCGUGAAUCUUUCUCACAAGGUUGCAGAUGCAGCCACGCUAACAUCAUUCAUCAAGUGCUGGGCUGCAACCGCUCGCAGGUCGAGUACUGAGGUGGUGAUCAGUCCAGUGUUCAUGGGUGCUUCUAUUUUCCCACAAAUGGAUUUACCAAUCUCAAUGCUUCCAGUAUAUUUGAUUAAAGGAGAGUCUGUCAUGAAAAGGUUUGUGUUUGAAGCUCCCAAAAUUACUGCUCUCAAGGCUAAAGCCAUCAGUGCAAGCGUGCCAGAUCCAACACGGGUGGAAUCUGUAACAGCGUUGAUCUGGAAAUGUGCGAUGAGCGCAUCAAGAUCAAACUUGGGGGUUCCAAGAAAAGCUGUGUUGUCUCUUGGAGUGAAUAUUCGGAAGAGGCUUGUGCCAACCUUACCAGACAACUACGGUGGGAACUACGCAGGUAGUAUAUCAGCGCGGAUAGAGGAUCAUGAUGAUUUAGAAUUGCAAGGUAUAGUGAGCCGUAUAAGGAAAGAUCUUAUAGAGUUUGGUGAAAAAUAUGCUAAAAUAACCCCAGGGGACGAUAUUUCGUUAGCAAUUUGCAAGACGGUGGAAGAGUUUGGAAAGAUGGCCAUGAGCAAAGAUAUUGACUACUAUAACUGCUCCAGUUGGUGUAGAUUUGAACUUUAUGAUGCUGAUUUCGGAUGGGGAAAACCAAGAUGGUUGAGUAAUGUUUUAACUAUAGAGCUGAAAAAUCUUAUGUGUUUGAUCGACACAAGGGAUGGUGAUGGAAUAGAAGCGUGUAUAAGCUUGAGUCCAGAAGACAUGGCCUUGUUCGAAUCCAACAGGGAGCUGCUUGAAUUUGCUUCUGCAAAUCCUAGUUCCAUAGAGCCCUUCAAACACAAAACUAUUAGCAUACAAGCACUUGGCAUCUCUCCAUGUGGCUGGAGAGAGGAGUCACACAGAGUGAAUGAAAGACUUCCACAUUAUUGUGCAAUUGCACUUGGAUUCCGACUUCGGAGGCUUCAUGCUGUCCAUCUUCGGAGGAUUUCACAUUAUCGUGCAAUUGCACUUGGAUUCCAACUUAGGAGGCUUCAUAAUGUCCAUCUCGUUCGGAAGCCCAACAUUACGCACCAUAGAUUCAUUGGCAUUCUCAUCGUUCUCGGUCUAGUUGACAAGUGUUCUGGGCUGAAUCCCAGAGGAGUGCUGGAAAUAGAGUGUCCAUUUUAUAAAGGAGAAAAUAGUAGGGCUUCACCUUGGAAGCGGAUCCCUCUUUGUUGUGUCCCACAAGCUCAAGGUUUAGUGGAAAAGCUCGACAAGGAUUGGAUGGAUUUCUAUGUCUGGACUCCUAAUGGAAGCAGUCUGUCUGCGUUAUAUCGAGACGAGGCAUAA